UGUUAUACAUGAUGUCGAUUGAGGCAACCAAUCAGAUUUCCAAUGUCAAGGUCAUGAUCAAUUUAGUUACUAAGUAGGGUAAUAACAUCAAAAUAACAAUAAUAUUACAAAAAUAUUAUCAAUGAAAGUUGGUAUCAUUGGUGCUGGUAUUAUUGGUCUAUCAACAGCAUUCUUAAUUAAAGAAAAUUAUUCAAAUGUAGAAAUUCUUAUACAAUCUGAUAAGAAAAAUGUUAUGGUUACUAGCUAUGGUGCAGCUGGUAUAUUUAGACCAGAUCCUAAAUUAUUACCAGGAUCAGAAUAUGAUCAGGAUCAAUUCAAUGAUUUUAUUCGUUGGUGUAAUAAAGGACGUGAACAAUAUUGGAAAUUAGCAACUAGUUGGAAUUCAUCGAAUACUGGUGUAUACUUUCAUCCAACUUAUCAAUUAUCAGAAUAUAAUGAAUUUGAUAGACCAUUUAUAAGUAAAUUAUGUGGAAAAACUGUAUUUUUAGAUGAAGAAGAGAUUCAGUCUAUUGGAUUUGCUAAGCAUAUUAAAUCAGCUUAUUAUUAUACAACAUGUAUUGUAGAACCACGUUAUUAUAUGAAUUACUUAUUGAAUGAACUUAAAAAUUUAAUUCCAAAUGAUCAAUCUAUUUAUAGUGAAAGAGAGCAAGCGUUUACCUCUUCAAAUGAACUAUAUUAUUGGGCUAAACAACAAAAAAUCAAUAUAAUUAUUAAUUGUACUGGAUUAGGAUCAGGUUAUUUAUUUCAUGAUCCAGAAAUAAGACCAGUUAAAGGUCAAUUAGUACGUGUUCUAGCACCAUGGAUGAAAUUUGGAUUCUAUUUUGGGCGCGAUGAUACAUAUUGUUAUACAGGAAAAGAGAGUGUAAUUCUUGGAGGAUUUCGUGAACAUUUACCUCCAGUUUUAAAAAGACCUACAACAGAUGAUGAUAUAAGAGUAUCACCUGAAUCUACAAAAGAUAUUCUUCAAAGAAUUGAUAACACUUGGCAUGGAGGACUAGGCAAAUCACCAAUAGUUGAAGAAUGGACAGGAUUACGACCAUUCAGACCAUCUAUAAGAUUAGAAAUUGAAUGGUAUCAACCUGAAAUUACCUGUGAACCUUUACCAAUUAUACAUAAUUAUGGACAUGGUUCAAUGGGUGUUGCAUUAAGUUGGGGUACUGCAAUAGAUACUCUGAAACUUUUUGAAGAUGUAGUAAAAUCAAGUCCAAAUAUUCAUACUUAAUUUAGUCAACUCACUGGAUUUUCUGAUUUCAAUUAUUUGUAAUUCAAUUUAUUAUUGUAAACCAUUAAUAUUGUAUUGUAUAAUACAAGUUGUCUCGACACCUUA